AUGCAUUUUUUGGGAAUCGCCACCGUUGCCCUGGCCGCUGGUGCCGCCGCCUAUGACCUGCCAGACAACCUAAAGCAGAUCUACGAGAAGCACAAGAGCGGAAAGUGUUCCAAGGAACUGAAAGGGGGCUAUGACAAUGGCCAUUCCAAGGAUGGAAAGUCCUUCUCGUACUGCGGCGACAUCCCCAACGCGAUUUAUCUGCACUCGUCGAAACAUGGAGGCCAGUACGCCGACAUGGAUAUUGACUGUGAUGGAGCGAAUAGACACGAAGGCAGGUGUUCUGAUGACCACUCUGGUCAGGGCGAAACACGCUGGAAGGAUGACGUUCAGAAAUUCGGCAUUGAUGACCUGGACGCUAACAUCCAUCCUUACGUGGUCUUCGGAAAUGAGAAUGACGAUGGUGAUGAUCCCAAGUUCGAUCCUCGGGAAUUUGGAAUGGAACCAUUGAGUGUGAUGGCCGUUGUAUGCAAUGGAAAACUGUUCUAUGGUAUCUGGGGCGAUACCAAUGGCCAUACUGCAACUGGAGAAGCCUCGCUUUCAAUGGCGGAGCUUUGCUUCCCUGAAGAGGAACCCUCUGGGGAUAGUGGUCAUGAGGAGAAUGACGUUCUCUACAUUGGCUUCACUGGUAAAGAGGCGGUAGCUGGGAAGAGCGCCAACUGGAAGGCAAGCAAGACAGAGGACUUCGAGGAGAGUAUCAAGGAGCUGGGAGAUAAACUGGUUGCUGGCCUCAAGGCUUAGAGCACUGGUGACGGCUUCUUUGGACCAAC